AUGGGCGUCCGUAGACGCUUUCGUAUUUGGCGUGACAAAAGACGAGCCAAGCGUAAUCCUAGACCAAAUCCUUUACCCACAGAACCAACAGCUGUUCUAAAUCCCAACAAACCACUAAGUCCGCAAUGCAAUCAACCGGAGGAACAGGCCAACAGAUACGCGAAACCUACAAAGCCAUUUACAGUCCAAGCAAUUUACGAUUACGUGGCCACACAACCAGACGAGUGCAGCUUCACCAUGGGUGAUCUUCUUACGGUGGUCGACAACACGGAUGAUUGGUGGUUGGCAACGAACUUGCGAACGCAAAAGACAGGCCUUAUACCCCCGAACUACGUCACAUCCGACAUGUCUCUCUCUAAUGUUCUUGAAGCUUGGUAUGAUGUCGGUCGUAUGGGUGCAGAACGCAAACUUCUCAUGCCCGGAGUCCAAUCUGGCACAUAUAUCAUCCGACCAUGCACAUAUCCCGGCAGCCCAUAUUGUCUUUCCGUCCGCGUUAACGGGGUCAGAAUCAGACAUUACCGGGUGUAUUACAACGAGAGCACAGGGCAAUUCUACAUUAGCGAGGCAACACCUUUUCGUUCCCUUGACGAAUUGAUCAGUCACUACUACUCAUGCCCUGUCGACGGUGAGGUGGGUCUGAUUGAGGCGCGUCCCCGGAGAGUGCCACCGCCUUUGAGUUUUAAGGAUUGCUUCAUCUCAUACACCGACGUACACCUGGGUGAGGAACUGGGAAGAGGCAACUUUGGUGUGGUCUACCGUGGUCACAUACUCAGCAUGGAGGUGGCAGUGAAGAAGAGCCUUGACCUCACAAACGACGCAGCCUUUCGUGAGGAGGCGAAGGUGAUGCACAAGUUGUCACAUCAACGCAUCGUACGCUUUCUCGGCUUCUGUUGUGAUGCGCCAGACGGGAGAGUCCUCAUCAUCACUGAGUUCAUGCCCAACGGUGCUCUUCGAGACUACCUCCAGAAGGUUGAUCGACGAGUUCUCGACUACCGCCAACUCAUCAGCAUUAUUGAUCAGGUCGUGAAGGGCAUGGUGUAUCUGGAGAAAGUGGGCGUGGUGCACAGAGAUCUACGAGCGGCGAAUGUGCUUGUUGACCAGGAUGGCUCCGUGAAGAUCGCCGACUUCGGGUUGACCAGAAUCCAUGAUUUCAAUCAGAAAUUUACUGAAAGUGCUUUUCCUGUGAGCUGGACAGCGCCUGAGGCAAUGAGGAGCGGUUACGAGCCGAAUAGCAAAGCUGAUGUGUGGUCUUUCGGGGUGCUGAUGUUCGAAGUUCUAACUUACGGAGGAACGCCUUACAAGGGUCGCACGAGUGUGCAAGUGCAGGAUUUUGUUUUAGGGGGCGGACGUCUCCCUGCCCCUUCCAGUGAAGGUUUUGAAUGUGAAGCAGCAGUGUAUAACAUUAUGAAUUCCUGCUGGAAGGAGCAGCCUGGACAGCGACCCUCAUUUGGAGAACUCAGUCAUGAAAUUGAGGAAUACAUCAUUACCAAGGAGGGCAGUUACGAUGGAUGUUGGGACAGAAUGACUGACAACUAA